AUGGCUCAAUACACUAGUCCCAAGACUAAGGCUCAGAUAAUUGCGCUGAAAAAGCUCAAAUACUCAGAUUGGGCUAUUGUUCAGCUUUUGCAACCUCAGACCAAGGUCUCUCACGCAACUGUUGGUUGUAUCUGGGCCAAGUAUGGACUUACUGACCGCCCACUCGAUCAACACGAUCCCAUUCCUGGGCGCCCACAAAAAUUAACCCCCAGCGACGUCAGAUUCGCCGCUUUGGCCCUAGCUUGGAGUAGAGUACCAACAGCAGCAAAUAUUAGACGGCAGUACUUCCCUGCCGUUGGGUCCUCUACCCUCUGCCGCUACCUCCGAGAGCUGGGUUUACGGCCGUACAAACGCCGCCAAGUACCCCUGCUCACUUAUUGGCAUAGAAAAGCCCGUCGCGCGUGGGCCCACAGUCAAUUAUUCUGGCCACAAUCACGCUGGGACAACAUCGUCUUCUUGGACAAAGUCCAAAUCAAGUUAUUUGGGGCCAACAGCGGCCAAUAUUACUGGAGGCGGCCUACUGAACGCCCGGGAUACAUUGAAAUCCUUGGGGACGCCUUCUUUGGAACCCUUGCCGACUAUAAAAUCACCCCGUUCAACAUUACAUUCCAGCACAACCAAGAUCCAAAGCAUACAGCCAGGCUGACACAACGUUGGCUUGCCAGUUGGGGCGUAAGCGUCCUCCCAUGGCCGUCAAAAAGCCCGGAUUUGAAUAUAAUCAAGAACGUCUGGUGGCAUCUGAAGGAGCGCGUGCGUACUCACCAACCUCCCGCUUUGAAUAAGGAAGAAUUAUGGAAAAUAGUGAGGGACGAAUGGAAACAAAUUUCCCCAAAAUAUAUUGGCAAUUUGUAUGAUUCAUUACCGCGUUGA